GGGGCUGGUAAUAAAUUCUUGACUCUUGAAAAACUAGUGGCAUGGAUUGCUCGAAGCAUUGUGUGGAUCAAAAUGGCUCGUUGCUGGCUCUUGCGCUCCUCUGCUUCUUAUGAUGAUCUCUGCUCCCAAUUCAUCCUCCCUCUCUCUCUCCCUCUCUCUCUCUCUCUCACACACACACACACAUACACACACAGAUAAAGAAAGCAAACCAUGACCGAGUGACUGUAGAGACGGACCAUUAGAAGAAAAGAGCAAGUAGUUCCCGAAGUUGUAGUUCUAUCUCUACAAAAUGGCGACAACAGUAGGAGGAUCGAUAGCCAUUUCGAGCUUUCCUUCCUCUUCGUACUUCAGCCGUAAAGCUAAUAACUGCUCCUCCACUCUCCUAACGACGGUUGGUAAAUCAGUUGCUUUCCGCCCAACUGUUGCCUUCUCCGCUGUGCAAGAAUCGUCUACACCUACAGUUGCUACUGAAACAAAGGAGACAAAGGAAAAGGAGACAAAGGAAGUGAAGACAGCUGAUGAAGCACUUCCUUCGAAGCCAAAACGCCCGGCAAAAGUUCCUGCUAAGCCGCUACCUGAGCUAAUGGAGGAGGAUGUAAUCCCUUCACUGAGAGCAGUUCUUGAAGCUCAAGAUGAUAUCUCUGGGCUUGAGUUAUCUUUUGGGGACAACAGACUUGAAGGUUUCUUUGAGAAGAAGGGCAUUCCAUUCUCGUUUUGGGCCUUCUUCCCCAAUGGAGAUCUCAUUGGUCCAAAAGGGUUUUCUCUUUCCUCGUACGGAUCAGGAGUGAGCACUGUUGAGCCUUUCCUCAUUCUUGAGAAGAAAAUAACAGCAAAACAUGUUGUCUUCUGGGUUGAGAAGCGUUUGGCAGCUCAAGGAAUAAUUCCAGUGUGGAAAGAAUAAGUUAGUUGUCAGGUUUCCAAUUCAAACUAAUAGUUCAUUUAUCAAUUUUUGGUUUGAUUGAUGAAGAUGUAGCUUUUUCUGUCUAUAUAGGUAUGCAAGUGUUGAUAUCAAAUAUUGCAUUCAGAAGACAUUUGUUUAUACAGUGACAGAAAAGCUACGAUCAUAUAUUCGGAAACAUCUUCGCUAACAGAAUAACUGAUUUUCUAUUA